GUGGGGGCGGGCUUAGGGCUGACUUGUCUGUCUGUCCCUCCCUCACUCCAAUUGGAUAAGGGCACACCGGUCCGGUGGCCAAUCGAUGCCUCUUGUGGCGAGGUAUAAGUACGGCUCUCGAGGUGGCCAGCGCCUCAUUCAGACUUUCUGUGACAUACUGAAGCUACCAAAAUGAGCGGAAGAGGCAAAACCGGAGGCAAGGCCAGGGCGAAGGCAAAGACACGUUCAUCCCGUGCCGGGCUCCAGUUCCCCGUGGGCCGUGUGCACAGGCUGCUGCGCAAAGGCAACUACGCCGAGCGUGUGGGCGCUGGCGCACCAGUCUACCUGGCCGCAGUGCUCGAGUACCUGACUGCUGAGAUCCUGGAGUUGGCCGGAAACGCUGCCCGUGACAACAAGAAGACUCGUAUCAUCCCCCGUCACCUGCAGCUGGCAGUCCGUAACGACGAGGAGCUGAACAAACUGCUUGGCGGCGUGACCAUCGCUCAGGGUGGUGUUCUGCCCAACAUCCAGGCAGUGCUGCUCCCCAAGAAGACUGAGAAGGCCGUCAAAGCCAAGUAAAAUCGCUGGUGCGGCUGCAACUUGACUACUCAACCCCCAAAGGCUCUUUUAAGAGCCA